UUUUGUGGAGCAUUACAAAUUUUGCCAGCGUGGAACUAAAUUUAUUUCGUUUUUAAAUUUUCAAAUUACAAAAAUUAAAAAGUUGUAUUCUUUAAUUUCGGACAUUAGUUAAAAUUCUUGUAUGACAAUGAAUUCAAAACGUAGAUCCACCUCUAUCAUUAGAGAAAAGGUAUUCGUCGAAGAAUUCAUGCGCUCCGUGGACCUACCCGAUUGGUAUCGUGGCAUUUCGUCGUUUCAGCUGCAAGCUGCCAACAAUUUGUUGAAUGCAAUACGUGAUGAUCUCGAACAAGGCACCUCCCAUCGUGUGCGUGACGUUUUGGAUACGAUUGGACUGCGCCCAGCCAUAUCCAAGGCGAAAGCACGAUUUGUAAUGAAACUCAGUCGUGGAAAUGAUUUGGCAUUUUUGUGGUUCUUGAAAGACCUGUACUACACAACGGAAGGGCCCGGUUACAGUUUAAACGAGCAACUGAUUUUUUCAUGCAUUGCUCAUUUAGAUUUGAUUUUUACUAUACGCGGCCUGAAUGAUAUAUUGCCACCAGAACAGCCACCAAAAAAUACAAUAAAGCCAUACCGCACAAAAAUGCAGGAGAGCGCAGCCAAACUUAAGCUACUAAAACAUGUGAAUCGUAGACCCAAGUACAAAUCAGGUCGAAGAAGGAUUAGCACAGUGAAAAUAUUAUACCAUUUGCCAUAUCUUGACAAUCUGCGAAUGCCACGCCCUUAUGGAAAAUCGCUUACGUUGCAACCACCUGAUCAUGUAUUGCGUUUGGAAUUCAUUGAUGUCUACAAAGAUCCCAAUUAUGUAAUACCGAAUGAAUCCAGUCGUUGGUUUUCCAAUUACAACCUUAACUAUGCGCGUCAAACAGCGAAUAGUAUCAUCAACGAAAAUUUGGAUACGAUUUUUAAAGAAGUUAUAGUUAAAAUACCCGAAAAAAUUUUCGAUGCGCAAAUAUUCAACCGUUUAAGAUUGUCGAAAAUACCUUCAAUGGCGAACAUUGCACUUAUUGAUGAGAUGGAGAGGAAUUUGGAGCAUGAACUGCGUGUGAUAGCACGUGAUAAAUGUCGAAAAUACUUUGAUGUGAAAACGCCCAAGAAAGAGAAACGCAUCUUACGCCUUCGCGAACAGAUCGAGAGAGACGUCAAUAUGCAUUUGAUGGAAUUUAAGAAAUUGGCAAAUAAAUCUCGGAGCCAACUGCUCGUAUCCAAGGAGAACUUACAUGAGUACCCUAUAUCAGAUAGUUUAAGUUGUAACACAAAAAGUCGCCAUUGUAGCGGUCAAGAUAACAAAUAUAAUAGAGAGCCACACACUCGUUAUUCGCUAAACGAGUGUGGUAUUGCGCGCAAACGAAAUAAUUGUAACGAUAAACAGAAACCGUUAAAUGCGAAGAGUGAGAAUAUUAUUCGUACACCAAAUCGGAGAAAAGCAAGUGAAAUGGAAAUUAUUGGCGAUUGCCUAACCAGCAACGCCUUUAGAAAACCUUCAAUGAAGGAUAUAUCACCGACGACCCAAUGCAGAUUUUGUCGUUGUCAAAAGACUUGUAAAUCGCAAGGUGAUUUACUGUGUGACAGUUCUUAUGACUACAUAAAGAACUACGACUAUGGGCACUCAAAAACGACCAAUGAUAAUGGGCCAUUUUUUAACGCACCCAAGAAGCAUCGUCCCUUUAAAUUUGAUUAUAAUAAAAUUUUCGAUCUAACACUAGCUGAUGAGCAAGCGCGCGAAAGCGUGAGGAGAGCAUGCGUGGGCGCUAUUAAAAGCGAAGAGAUGUUGGGUAUUAUAAACUCGGAGUCCAAAGAAAAUGUAGAUGCAGCAAUUAAAAAGUAUGCCUUUCAAACAUUUAAAAAUAAAUUAAAAAACUUUAAAGAAGACUAUGGUGAAGCAGCAGAGGAUCUAGGGAAAGAGGAGAUGAAUACAAAAUUGAAAUAUUAUGAUCCAGAUGAUAAGGAAUUGAUGCAUCGAAUGUUACAGGAAGCACUUGAGCGACUGACCAAAGAUUCUAGAUAUGUCUUACCCACAUUACCCGAUGCACAUAAAGUGCCAAUUUUACGCUAUUGGGUAUAUCAACGCUAUGGCAAAGUCUACACCCAGUAUGAAUUGGCGCUCAUAUUCAACAAAUCGGCACAACUCUUCCGAGCAAUUAAUAAGAUGACUAUGAAUCAAAAUCUACCAGCAAUUAAAAAUCUGGGACGUGCGAUAUUUAUAAAGUAUAACUGUCAUGAUUAUCUUAUGAGGAAGUCCAAACACGUACGCAAUCUCUUUUAUAAAAGCAUCAAUAAUUCAAUUAUGGAGCAAUCACGUCGGCUUUAUAUUGCCAUGAGUCCGUACCUUUGCACUGGCCGAUCACAAAGCAAAACCAUAUUCGCUUAUUUACCGGCUCGUCCCAGUGACAUACAACAUAUUCACUUGUGGAAUUCUCGCAGUCCAAGAAGAAGAAUGCAUUCUACAUAUAUUCCAACUAUGUUGUGGAAUUUGAUUAGUUUAUUUUUUAAAUUGGAGAAAGUGAAUAAAAAAUUCGAACUGUUAACAAAUUUUAUUAGCAACUUGUUUGUUCUGUUAAGAGAAAGUUUAACUUCUGUCAAUAUGUUUUCCGGCAUUGCCCUUAUGAAACCCACAACCAAUGUGGAAAGAGAGAAGAUAGCACGCAAUAAGCGAAUCAUCGAGAAAUUCGUAAAGACUGCAGAUGUACCGAAGUGGUAUCGUGGCUUGUCUCCGUUUCAGCUUGACGCGGCUUCCCAGUUACAUAAUGCAAUACGUGAUGAUUCCGGACAGGGUACAACACAUCGUGUGCAAUCUUUAUUAAACCGUAUUGGUAUACGGCCAACCUUACCUAAAACUGAAAUCCGUUUUGUAAUGUUUCUUAGUGGCGGUAAUGAUUUGGCGUUUUUGUGGUUCAUAAAUGAAUUAUAUUACAACACUGAGAGUACAAAUUACAGUGUAAACGAACAAUUACUCUUAUCGAGUGUUGCACAUUUGGAUUUUUUAUUUACCCUUCGUGGCUUAGAUAGUAUUUUGCCGCCAGCGCAACCAACGAAGGCAGAACUUCGUCGCAUUGCAAUUGAAAAGCAAAAGAUAUCCAAAAAGAGAUUACAAAAUCAGAGUUCUUUUAGUGAAGAUAAGACGGUUAAUAGCAUGCGAGUCAGAUACAAACUACCCUACUUCGAAGAAUUGGUACGCCCUCGACUGUAUGAACACCAGCUGACCGCGUUUCCAUCUUCGUAUCAGACCAAAAAUCCACAUGAAGAUGUGCUUAAAGAUCCGAAUUAUGUGAUACCGAAUGAAAGCAACCGUUGGUUUGCCAAUUAUAAUCUUCACACCGGAGUGCGAACAGGAGUACAAAUAUUGAAUGAUAAAAUGGAUCAAAUGUUUAAAGAAAAUUAUCCAAGACAAUCCGAACUGACGAGAAAUGUUUUUAAAGAGCAUAUUUAUAAACGAAUUAGAAUGACCGAAAUAUUAAGUCACGAUUAUAGAGAUGAUGAAAUGCAAAAAAAUAUAUGCGUGCAUCAUAAAAAUCUAGCUGAAAUGGAGAAAAACUUCGAACACGAGUUGAGAGUUAGAGCACGUGAAAAAUGUUUAAAAUAUUUCGAUAUUGAGACACCUAAAAGGGAGGAGCGUAUUGCACGAAUCCGCAAACAGAUUGAAAAGGACGUCAAUCUGCACAUGGUGCAAUUCAAGAAAGUAGCCGAUCGGACUCGCAGCCACUUAGAACUUUGGUCUCAAGAUGAAAUUCGUGAGUGUGUUACGAAAUCAGAGGUUUGCUUGUGCGGUGGUGAACACCCAAUAAAAACAAUAAAUGGUCUUGAAGAAUAUGUUGGUGCUUGUUUGAAGAAGUGUACCGGUGAAGCUUGUGUGUGCAAAUCAAGUGCUGUCAUGCGUAAACGCCACCAUUCGAGUACCAAUACGUCAAAAAUCGGACGGGUACGCGAUAUACUACAUCGCACACCAUGUGACUGCGGUUAUAGCUAUGUGAGGAACUAUGAUUAUGGACAUCCGGAACAGUCACAAGACGAAACCAAUGCAUACUUUAAGGCACCGGGGAAGCAUCAGCCUUAUAAGUUCAACUAUUCGAAAGUAUUUGAAUUUGAAAAGCAGGAUACUCGACUAAAUGUGCAGAAAGAAUUCUUAAAAAUUAUAAAUAGUGAUUUAAAUUUGAAUAAAAACGAUCUGGAAGCACCAAAAAAUUUGGACGAAGCUAUAAAACAGUAUGUGAAAAAAACGUUCAAGGAAGGUGUGGCGGCUAAAAAUGAAGAAUUGGCGAAGCAGGAAACAGUUCAGUUACGGCGAUAUCCAUUCUUAAACGUUGAAUUAGAUUACUACGAUCCAGACGACGAAAAAUUAAUGCAAAGUAUGUUAAAAAAUGCUCUAGACUACCUGGCUAAUGACCCUAAGUAUGUGUUAGCCUCUAUGCCGGAUGCGCACAAAUUGCGCUCACUGAUUUCUUGGACACAGACGCGUUACGGUAAAGUAUACACCCGUGAGCAGUUGCGUAAGGGGCAUUUCGAUUCUUUGGCAACAAUUAAUGCGCUGGAGCAGAUGACCGUAGACGUUAUGCUGCCUACCACAAAACCUCUUGGUGGGGCUACAUUUGUCAGUUACAAUUGUCGCGAUUACCUUUGGAAGAAGACUAAAAUGCUGCGUAAAAAAUAUUACGAUAGACUGAAUGCUUCCGUUAUGGAUCAAUCGCGCACUUUCUACAUGGCAAUGAAGCCGAAUAUUUGCAGAAAUCCAAGGGACACCUUCUUCGCGUAUAUGCCUUCGCGCGAAGCAGAUAUACAACAAUUCCGUAUUUGGCGUCCACACGAAUACAUGCCCGCCAAGGAGGAGUUCGUUAAGCGAAAGUGCCGUGCUAUGAAAUUGGCCACUACUGUUUAGUAAGCGGCGCUGUCGAUGAGGUUAGGCUGUAGUGCAGUAAGCGUAAAGGAUGUGUCAAAGAGUUUAUAACUUUGUUUUUAAUUGUUGUCAACGGAUAAGAAAGGUUCUAUAUAAAUUAAUGAAUGCGGUUGGUUAUAGAAACUUUGCAAUAAGCGUUUUCAACAAAAUAUGAAUUCUUGUUAAAUUAAUUGCAGUUGAAAUUGGUUGCAGAGUUUUUUUAGUAAGACAUGAUUUAUAAAUUAUUUUCAAAAAUAUGAAAGAAAUC